AAAGCUACAUUAAUUGAAUUAAUUUGCUUAUCACAUGUUAUCAUUAUCACUUUUAAAUUACUUUGUUUCCCGAUUCCGCAAAGCACGUUAGGACGUUGCAGUUAUAUAGAAAAAUAACGUGCUGUCCAACUGGUGUUAGUAUUAUAUUUAACAUGAUCGGCCAAUGAAUCAAUCAAGUGUGGCCUAUUUAAAAUUUCAAAUUAGUUGAAUUGCUUCAUCAUGCUAAUUUAUCCGCCCCUUCCAGCACAUCGGAUAAAUGAUACUAGUAAACGAAAAGGCAACUCCACUCUAAAUCCGAAAUUUGGACUUGAAUAAUGCACGCUAGAGCACACAAGUCAAAAAGUUAUGGGAAUUUGACCGUUUGCUGCUUGUUUGAUCUAACUUUCAAGCAAAAACCCAAAUAAGAUUUCAAUUUUAUAGAUUAUAAAUUUCAAAAUGACAGAUUCAAAUAUUAAUAGAGGAAUUUCAAACUGAUGUGUAUGUAUUCAAUGAAUUUCUCAAAGCAUAUAUAUAUAUAUAUAUAUAAUAGUAUUUGAGUGGCCUCCGCUUUUUGCUAUUAAGUAUUACAGGUGCAAGUAAUUGGAACAAGUCCCAGAGCAAACACUGAAGCCUCCUCCUGUAAUGAUUCUUUCUUUUCUUGCAUGUUAGUGAGGUCAUCUUCUUCUACAAUAAAAAAGUAUAGGUUUCUUUUUCUUUAAUACUAGUAUAAAAUUUUGUAACAAGAAAACAACUUCUAAUAGUUUAUUGAAAUAAUAUCUGUUGAUGGAUCCCAAGGACUCAAAGCAGCCGCAGCAGGAGAUAUCAAACUUGUCGAGCCACCCAGAGACCAACAAUAUCAAUACCAGCAGCAACAUGAAUCCUGCUGAGAUUAAAGAUUUUCAGAUUGGAAUUGCGGAAAAAGAUGAAGCUAAGAAGCAACAAUUAGCUCCUAAAAGAAGUUCCAAUAAAGAUAGACACACUAAAGUUGAAGGCAGAGGAAGGAGGAUUCGCAUGCCUGCGCUCUGUGCGGCUAGGAUUUUCCAACUAACACGUGAAUUGGGUCAUAAAUCUGAUGGGGAGACAAUCCAGUGGCUGUUGCAGCAAGCGGAGCCAUCCAUAAUUGCUGCAACUGGCAAUGGAACAAUUCCAGCCUCUGCUUUAGCUGCGGCCGGACCCUGUGUUUCGCAACAGGGGAUCUCUGUUUCGGUUGGUUUGCAGCAAAAGAUGGGUGAAUUGGGUGCAAGUAUUAGUAGCGGUAGUAGCAGUAGGACCAUUUGGCCAAUGGUUGGUGGGAAUUUUGGGAGACCCCAUUUGGCCACAACAGGGAUAUGGCCCCCAUCUGCUCCUGACGUCACUACUUUUGGCCACAAUUUGGGCACUGAAAGUUCAAAUUGUCUGCAAAAGAUAAGUUUCCCUGGGUUUGACGUGCCGUCCACCAAUUUGAAUCCUAUGAGUUUUACAUCUAUGUUGGGUGCCACAAACCCCCAGCAGCUACCUGGGUUGGAGCUUGGAUUAUCACAAGAGGGUCCUAUUGGGGUUAUGAAUUCUCAGUCUCUGAACCAGUUUUACCAGCAGAUGGGGCAUUCAAGAAUGCACCACCAUUCACAACCGCAAAAUCAGCAUCAGCAGCCUUCUCCCGAGGAUGGUUCUCAGGGAUCAGGACAGUAGAGCUUGCACAUAAUUCCGAUUUGCGGGACAUUUCUAUUGCAGUUGUGAUCUCAAGGAUGAGAAGUCAGUCAUACAUGCUGGUCCUUGCAGAUUCCUGUGGUGACAGAAAAAAGAUGUAAAAAAAAUGUAGUGUUACUUAUGGAUGAUACCUUUCAUAAGUGUGCAACUUUUCCUCCUGCCAUCUCUAGUCGUGUUCUGGUUGAAAGGUGCCAUGACUUGCUAUGGUUUUUUGCCAUUAAUGUUGAAGACUCAAAUUGACCCUAGCACCUUUAAUAUGGUCAGAUUUUGCGAAUUCAGGCCAAGGGUCCGGGUUCGCUGUAUAUACGUGGUAUAGGUGCAUAUGCAGAUAAGACUUUGGUCAAUUUUCAGUCUGAAAAGGAAAACUGUAAUGUAGGAUAUGCAAGAAAGUAUGAUCAACAGCAGAAUCAGUUGGCAUGACAAAGAUCAUGUCAAUGGUAAUUGCAAGAUAUUCAAAUCUGUAAAAGCAUGAAAGGAAGAUGCUGUCAAUGAAUGAAUUUUAGUGUUAAGUCAACAAAAGAUGUUUGCUUUCUCUUAUUCAGUCAUCUUCUACUUGAACUUCAUGGAUUCUUGAUAUACAUGCGUUUCAAUUGGAUCAUUUUCUUUGCU